GACUAUACUACAUCCAAAAUGGCCACAAUACUUUAUUCGACGUGGCAAAACGAAGGGGAAAUCUUAAAUUAUUGAACUAAUGGUUUGUUUCCCUCGUCAUGGGUCUUUGUAAAUGUCCGAAGAAGAAAGUAACCAAUCUGUUUUGCUUUGAACAUCGAGUUAACGUUUGCGAAUAUUGUCUUGUUACCGACCAUACUCGGUGUAUAGUGAAGUCUUAUCUUCAUUGGUUACAAGAUAGUGAUUAUAAUCCAAUAUGUACUUUGUGUAAUGGCGAUCUGUCAGUGGGAGAAACAGUGAGAUUGACCUGCUAUGAUGUCUUUCAUUGGGAGUGUCUCAAUAACUUUGCUUUAAGUUUACCUUCAAAUACUGCUCCAGCUGGAUAUACUUGCCCAAAUUGUAAGGCAUGCAUUUUUCCCCCAAAUAAUCUUGUCUCACCUGUUGCUGAAGCAUUGAAGAUGAAACUAAUUAAUGCCAGUUGGGCUAAAACUGGUCUUGGAAUACCUGUGGCUCCUACUAUACAAGAUGAGAUUGCUGUGCAAAACAUUGUCAACCACAGAGGUUUAAAUGAACGAGAAAAAGAUACAAUAGCAACAAAGAAAGAAAUGACAAUGACAAUGACAUCAACACCAAUGUAUGAAAGAGAGGCUCCAACCCCUGUAUUUACACCUCAGCAACAUAUUGUUGACAUUCGAUCAGACACAAAGAAAAAUGAUGAGCUGUGUGUUUCACCACAGCCCACCUAUGCUGGAACUGAAAAACAUCCUUCAGGUACUGUAUCAAGAAAGAUUUUUGACGCUCGUGAGCCAGAUUUUAAAAUCUCAAACACAAAAGAUCACGAUGAUGACAAAUACAAAAGACGAAGUGCUGUCCAAUGGCUCACGCUGUGGUUUGGAUUACGAAAUCAAAGUCGAGCUGUUAAAGAAGAUUCUAACAGUCCGUUAAAAAGAAUUACAAUUCUUGUUUUCUUAUGCAUUUUUGUUGCCAUUACGCUGAUUGUUAUGAUGACUAGAGCAAGGAGAAAUUUGGUUAAUAAUGAUCCCUUAUUGGAUCCUUUAGCGAACCCAAAUAUUCGUAUUAAAAAUAGUUGAAUCAAUUCGAGUUAUGAAAAAUUUACUUCGAUAUAAGCGGAUUUUCUGGGGUUGCAAGAGCUGCUUCUCCUUUGAUUUAUGUUUUUUAACAUCACUAAACAUAUAGUUUACCCCUCAAAAAAAAUUCAAUGCAACCCUCACUAUGUAUAGCCAUACAUAAAAAGUCUUGCUGAACUGAAGAGUUUUUUUGUUUAUACUUUCUUCGCUACCUAAAGAGAUUUACGUAACUGCUAUAGAAUCCUCUCUUUGGUUCUAUAGUGUUUUAUGUUACGUCAUUUUCUUAUGACUUCACUCUAUCAAACUUCAUGACAUUACCCCGGCAAGAAAAUAUGAAAAUCCGUUUAUACUUGUUGUAAUGUUGGUAUCAUUUACUACAUUGUACUGAAUCUUAAACCUCGACGUCAACAACAGCGGGAAUAGCAAAUGCCAACUGCAUAUUAACUUCAUCUUGCAAACUAUGUUUACAGCACGCCGAUAAGAAUCUCAUUUCAUUUAACAUGUGAUUUAUUUUAUAGUAAAAUAAACAUUAGAAUUGUUUUGAAA